AUCGUAAUCUCUUACGAAACUGAUGCAAGGUUCGAAAGCGAAAGGAGGCACGGCGGUCACGGCAACAGCAAAAGAUCGAAACACGGAAGGCAUUCCUUUUAAAAAUGGAGUCGAGUAGUCGUUCUUCGAGCUCCUUGACGUCCGAAGAUCAGGGAUCGACGAAGCGGAAGACGAUCAACAAGGUCAAUGAGGACGACAUCGAGUACGACAUAACGUUCCCUUCGCCGAACAAGCAAUCGGACACGCUGCCGACGCCGAAAGAGCCGGUUGUUUACCUACUCGGCUGGGCCGGCUGCAAGGACAAGCAUCUGUCAAAGUAUGGGUCUAUCUACGAAGACGAAGGGUGCAUCACGAUACGCUACAUCGCUCCAGUGAAGCACUUGUUCCACCGAAAGUGCGACGGCGUCCUAGAAGAGCACGCGUACACGCUACUGAGUCUGCUCGAAGACUUCAAGCUCGAAGACCAUCCGCUGUUCUUUCACGUCUUCAGCAACGGAGGUGCCUUCGUCUACCUGCUGAUGAGUCGGCAGUUCCGAGACCGCGUCGACAUCAUGUCAAAGAUCCGUGGCGUGGUCUUCGACAGCGGGCCGGCCCGCGUCGGGUUCUGGCAGGGCGUCCACGUGAUGGCAUCGUUCGUGAGCACCAAGAUGCCACUACGGUACGUCGUGGCAUUCUUCUGGGCCCUCACUGUGUGGCUGUACUCAACGCUCAACUGGGUGGGGGGCCUGUUCCUCAACAUGCGCCGCCACGCGUCCACCUUCGACAGCCUGCUCGAAGAACAGCCCCUGUGUCCGCAACUGUUCCUCUACUCCAAGAAGGACGCCGUCUGCUCCCACGACAGCAUCGCCGCCUUUGCAGAGGCCAGGAGGGCACGAGGCGUUCCGGUCGAAGAGGUCGUGUGGGAGGACUCUCCGCACGUGCAGCACUUUGUGCUGAAUCGGCAGAGAUACGUCGGCAGCGUCGUCGACUUCAUGAAGCGGUGCCUCGAGGGAAAGGUCGUGCUGACCCCGACUGCUGUCAAGAAGCAACUUUGAGCCUGCCGCAGCAGUUAGGGCUGUGGAUGAGGGGGUAGAAAAAUCUGCCCGACAUUCCCCGAGUGAGGCGGCCACGGAUCGCGAGCACCAUGGACAAAGCACACAUUCUUCGACGAUGCCGAGCAUUGCACAAGUGUUUAUCGGAACGGUCUGCAUCUGCCAUCAACUGUCCACAUCUCGCGACACAAACUUUUUUUGCAGACAUAUAUGUCACAUCUGCAGGUUAGGGCAUGUUGCGACACGUAUCACAGCAUGCAACGAUCACUUGUUUCACGUUUGUGAAAUGCAAGGUUACUUAUGGACGAAGCGUCGAAGCAUGGUCAGGGGCCACCGGGUCAUAUGCAAGCUUUGGGAAUUCUGGUGCUGUCCUUCAGGUGCAGACCAGGAUCUAGAAUAUGUAAGCAGCAUAUUUUGUAAAAAUAGCCAUUUCACAAUUGUAGUUGAAAAAGCUACAUUUGGGAAUAGAAUACCACUAGACAUCAGUAGUGAUGACAUCACCCGAAAUCACUCGAGUGUUUGCCCCGUCGACAAUGAGACAUAGAAAAGUUGAAGAAUUUAGAAGCCAUUGGAACACCGGUGUACAUGAACUGCUCGUGAAUAGAAUAACUUACGGUAUUCAUCUUGUGAAAUAGAAAGGCAAUUUAAAUUAUGAGAUGAAGAAUAAGCUAGGGUUGCUUAGAAUUGAGUGAAUUCAGUACGGCACUCCUUACACCCAGGUACACCAUGCCCGCAUAAGAUUCCACAUAUCCUAGCUGCAUACCGUCACAGUUUUCUUUUUUUUAUUUUCUCGCAAGAUCACUGCCCUAUUGUUUAUGUUCACAUUACGGAUUGUGGGAGCUGCAUUGCAUCUUUGACCGUUUAAAGUAUCAUAGAUUGCAAUGCUUAAUUAGGACAUGCCUCUACAAGCAUCUCGACAGACACAAUGUGAUAUUUUUUCUCAUCCUAUUUUUGUUAUAUUUAAUAUUGGUGGUUGCCAUUGUAUAUUUAAAUAAAUCUGAAAUGAUACAAAAUGUCGCAACAGGUGCGUCACUUGCAGUCAGAGACAAAUAAAAUAAAGCAGGCGCUACAUGAAGCUGCAGCAAAGCACUGGUACAAUCUUUGCUGGGAGACCAUUAGCAAAGGUGAAAUGACAGUCCAAAGAGGCCAGUACAGUAGAGUCCCUACAAAGAAAACACUUUCACUAUAGGAAGUAUUAACGAAACGCCAUCUUGUUGAACGUUGUUCGCAGCGCACGCUCAGAACGGUGCUCGAGGACAUUUGUUUCUGGCAUUUCAAAAGAGGCGAACCGAUCAAAGCAGUGGCACGCACAGCCUUGAUCGGUGCUCAAGGUCCGCGAGCGCACGGAUAUCCAUAGCUUUGGCUGCACCGCCUACAAGGAGUGAACAAGAAUGUACGUUCAACAUCCAUUCCACACAUACAGAAUUGUCGUUCUUAGAAUCCAAUAAAUGGGAGCUAGUUCUGAGCAUGCGCUGUGAACGUCCAACAAUAUGGCGUCCCGUGAAUACCCCCAUAAAAGGUGUUCACUAAACACCUUAUUUAUGGGUGCCGUUUAGAGCGGAUGCUCAGAAUGAGCUUGCAUUAAUAAGCUGCUAAGACGGCAAUCUUGAUGGUGAGAAUGCAUGUUGCAAAAGAACUCUGGAAGCUCGCCACCAGCACUCAUUUGGCUGUUGUGCACACCGCUAUGGUUGCCAGUGCCCAUAUAGCCAAGCAAAUCUCACUGGAAUACUCCACUAGGGGGCUGGAUGUAACACUGAGCAAACAGGUAUGAAGCCACCAGAAGCAAGCCGCUUCUCUCGGAAGUGAGCGCUUGACAGGCUUUUCAACUCUUCCGAGUGCUCAUUCGAACCGUUCAGGGUGCUGGAUUUUUUCUUGUCACCUUAAGAGAGACUGUUUGUUGCACAGUAACAGCACAUGCAGACCCAAGAAGUCUCCUGGGAAGCCAUUCUGUGAAAACUUUCAGAUUCCAGUUGAUCAAGCGUACACAUGUCCCAUGUUCAGAUGCCUUACUCUCGGAAUUCGAUGCAAAACGAAAAUUAUUUAAACCAACUCUGACACGGAAAAGCAUGGAUGAAAACAUCAACUGAAUGCGCUACGAAGCCCAGCAGACUCGAGUUGCAGGACAAGCGUCACACUUCCGGUGGCUUCACUUGCGCCAGGCACGGAGAGCAGCUUAUGUGCCAUCCAGCCCCAUACAGUAGAGAUCAGUGGCAAAUCUAAAAUGCUCGUAAUAUAUUGCUACAGACAUUUGAUGCGAGGAUGGGGUUAAGAUACAAGGUGCGAUAAAAAAGUUCAGACUAGUCUCGUAGCGUAAAAAGGGUGGGCAGCACGGUGAUGCUUGUGCAACUGUCGAAGGUAAUGUGCUAAAAGGUAUCAUUCUGUGAACAUUUAGAGCUGAACUGCAAAAGUUUUUUGUGACCACAUGCAUGAGCAGAUUGGCAAACUCGGUGUAAACAUCUAGCUGCGUCAAACUCAGAAAAUCUAGAACAAAGAGCCUCGAAAUUAUUCUUUGGGCUUAUGGCAAAGAAGCAAUGAGUCAUGCAACGUGGAAGUUUCCUUUCAUGCUUCAUAGAAUAAACAGCCAUUGUCCUGUGAUGUUUGUUUC